CGGCGGCCGGUCCUUCGGCCGCGCCUCCGCGGGAGGACGGUGGGCACCGCAAAUUAAGGCAGGUCGGCGUGAGCCUGUAAAGUAACAGUCACGGACGUUCUGCACGGAGUGAUUUUAACGGCGAGGGGAGUAGUAGUAGUUUCCGCUGGGAGGAGCGGCCCGGCCCGGCCCGCCCCGGAAGCGGCGGGGCCGCCAUGGGCCGGGCGGUGACUGUGGCCACCUGCGCCCUCAACCAGUGGGCCCUGGAUUUUGAGGGCAACCUGGAGAGGAUUUUCAAAAGUAUUGACAUCGCGAAAAGCCGAGGAGCCCGGUACCGGCUUGGGCCUGAGCUCGAAAUCUGUGGUUACGGCUGCUCGGAUCAUUAUUAUGAGUCUGACACGCUUUUGCAUUCGUUUCAAGUCCUGGCAAAGCUGCUGGAGUCUCCAGCUACUCAAGAUAUUAUCUGUGAUGUGGGAAUGCCUGUUCUGCACAGAAACGUUCGCUACAAUUGUCGAGUGAUCUUUCUAAAUAAGAAAAUUCUUCUGAUCAGACCAAAGAUAUCACUGGCAAAUGCAGGAAACUACAGGGAACUUAGAUGGUUUACCCCGUGGAGCAAAGCAAGGCAUGUGGAGGAAUAUUUUCUACCCAGGAUAAUUCAGGAAGUGACUGGACAGGAAACUGUUCCUUUUGGGGAUGCAGUGCUAGCAACCAAAGAUACCUGCCUGGGGGCAGAAAUAUGUGAAGAACUCUGGGCACCAAACAGCCCUCACAUUGAAAUGGGACUUGAUGGCGUGGAAAUUUUCACUAACUCUUCAGGGAGUCACCAUGUGCUGCGGAAGGCUCACGCCCGGGUGGAUUUGGUGAAUUCUGCCACAGCAAAGAAUGGUGGAAUAUAUGUUUUAGCUAACCAGAAGGGCUGUGAUGGUGAUCGUCUGUAUUAUGAUGGCUGUGCCAUGAUUUCAAUGAACGGAGAAACAGUUGCACAGGGAUCCCAGUUUUCACUUGAUGAUGUGGAGGUGCUGGUGGCCACUCUGGACUUGGAGGACGUUCGGAGUUACAGAGCAGAGAUUUCAUCUCGUAACUUAGCGGCAAGUAGAGUGAAUCCUUAUCCCAGGGUAAAAGUGAAUUUUGCUCUGUCAUGUUCUGAUGAUGUAGCUGUACCUACGUGUAUGCCAAUCCAGUGGAGACAUCAUAGUCCUGAGGAGGAGAUCAGCCUUGGUCCUGCAUGUUGGCUUUGGGACUACUUAAGGCGCAGCAAACAGGCAGGAUUUCUCCUCCCUCUUAGUGGUGGAAUUGACAGCUCUGCUACAGCUUGCAUAGUGUACUCUAUGUGUCACCAGGUUUGCCUGGCAGUCAGGAAUGGAAAUGCAGAUGUGCUGGCUGAUGCGCGCAGGAUUGUGAACGAUGAGACCUAUGUCCCUGAGGACCCUCGAGACUUUUGCAAGCGUAUCUUUACCACUUGCUACAUGGCCAGUGAGAACUCCUCCCAGGAGACUUGCGACAGGGCUAAGCUUCUGGCUGAGCAAAUAGGCAGCUACCACAUCAAUCUGAACAUCGAUGGGGCUGUGAAGGCUAUUGUGGGGAUUUUCAGCAUGGUGACAGGUCGAGUGCCCCGUUUUUCUGUCUACGGAGGGAGCAGCAGAGAAAACCUGGCGCUCCAGAAUGUGCAGGCUAGAAUAAGAAUGGUCCUCGCCUACCUGUUUGCUCAGCUGACACUAUGGACCCGUGGGAUGCCAGGGGGACUUCUGGUGCUGGGAUCAGCCAACGUGGAUGAAAGUCUUCGAGGUUACUUGACGAAGUAUGAUUGCUCAAGCGCCGAUAUCAAUCCCAUUGGUGGAAUCAGCAAGACUGAUUUGAAGAACUUCAUACAAUAUUGCAUUGAAAAUUUCCAGCUCACAGCCCUCAGAAGUAUCAUGUCAGCUCCACCCACUGCAGAGUUAGAGCCCCUGGUGGAUGGACAAGUGGCUCAAACUGAUGAGGCAGAUAUGGGGAUGACAUAUGCAGAGCUCUCAAUCUAUGGCAAAUUAAGAAAAAUUGCAAAGGCUGGACCAUACAGUAUGUUUUGUAAGCUGAUUAAUAUGUGGAAGGAAAUUUGUACUCCAAGAGAGGUAAUAUUAAAAAAAAAAAUCAAAUCACGUAAUGUCUUUGCCAAAAUCAAUGCGUUUGGAGAAAGGCUGAGUAGGGUUCCUGUCAACUGGAAGAGUUAGUUUAAUUAUUCUCUAUUUAGAGGUUAUUCUUACAGGUGUAGCAGAGUAUGCUGAAAAAACUGGUAUGUGUCUCUUGAAUGAAUGGAGCUUGUUGUCUGUGUUGCAAAUUGUUUAAACGUAAUUGGGUAAUUUGAAAACAAUUAAUUCAGAACUAUACCUUCUGGGGGAAAUUAUUCUCUGAAAUAUACAUGGCUGGCUAUUCUUAAAGCCUUUGGUUACAUAUUCUGAAGCAGAAAAUGGCUCUUGCUUUGAAAGACCAUCUACACUGAAGAUCUAUCUGCUUUGCUGUUGGGCAGUUCUUCCUUUCUUGUGCAUAAAGGAAAAAGUUCAGUUUAUCACCGGAGUUGCAGAGGCUUGUGUGUACUGUUAAGUUUCUUACAAGGCACUUCCUUGUUGGUAAAUGUUGCACACAGAGACCGAGGAGGUGUCUGAAAAUGGUCUUAAAUGCCUCUUACAGAUAGGGUCAUCCACAGUGAUUUAUGCUACUAGUGGUAGUUAAUUUAUGUAAACGUUAAUGGAAGCAAACGAAUGCGUAAAGGUAGAACACAUUCUCAGCUGAAUUUUUAAGUACUAAGAAUCUUCAUCUGAUUAA